ACCGCCACCCUCACCAGUACCCACCAGGACCACACCCCACCAGGACCACAUCUACCAGGACCACAUCCACCAGGACCACAUCCACCAGGACCACAUCCACCAGGACCACAUCCACCAGGACCACCCCCACCAGGACCACAUCCACCCAGGACCCACCAGGACCACAUCCACCAGGACACAUCCACCAGGACCACCCCCACCAGGACCACAUCCACCAGGACCACAUCCACCAGGACCACAUCCACCAGGACCACCCCCACAGGACCACCCUCACCAGGACCCCCCCCCCACCCCCCCACCAGGACCACACCCCACCAGGACCCCCCCCCCCCCCCCACCAGGACCACCCCACCAGGACCACCCUCACCAGGACCACCCCCCACCAGGACCACAUCCACCAGGACCACAUCCACCAGGACCACCCCACCAGGACCACAUCACCAGGACCACCCCACCAGGACCACCCCCCACCAGGACCACAUCCACCAGGACCACCCCCACCAGGACCACCCUCACCAAGGACCACAUCCACAGGACCACCCCCACCAGGACCACCCCCACAGGACCCACAUCCACCAGGACCCACCCCCACCAAGGACCACCCUCACCAGGACCAACAUCCAUCAGGACCACACCCCACAAGGGACCACCGCCACCAGGACCACCCCACCAGGACCACCCCCACCAGGACCAAAUCCACCAGGACCACAUCCAGCAGGACCACCCCCACCAGGACCACCCCCACCAGGACCACCCCCACCAGGACCACCCCCACCAGGACCACAUCCACCAGGACCACAUCCACCAGGACCACCCCCAGCAGGACCACCCCCACCAGGACCACCCCCCACCAGGACCACCCCCACCAGUACCACCCCACCAGGACCCCUCACCAGACCACCCCACCAGGAACAGGACCACCCACCAGGACCACCCCACCAGGACCACAUCCACCAGGACCACAUCCACCAGGACCACCCCCAGCAGGACCACCCCCACCAGGACCACCCCCACCAGGACCACCCCCAGCAGGAACCACCCCCACCAGGACCACGUCCACCAGGACCACGUCCCACCAGGAACCACCCCCACCAGGACCCAGUCCACCAGGACCACGUCCACCAGGACCACCCCCACCAGGACCAGCGUCCACCAGGACCAUGUCCCAUGA